AGGCCGUUGGGAUCCAGAACGGCGUUCCGUAUUACCCUGCUGAACCCACCGAUACCAUAUUCUGCUAACAGUCACUGGGUCUCGACCAACGCGUGCAUCAAUGUCGCGAUACGAAAAAACGCAAUCGCGAUAGGCUACAAUCCGACCUGUAUCAAAGUGAUGGUACGCAUUUCUCCUCCUUACGCGAGGCAUCACAACAACGUUUCAUCAGGCAACGCCUGUCAACGGCUUUUUGUGUAUGAGAAAUCGGUAGGAAAAUUUGCUCAUAUCAGCACGUUGUAGGUGUCGCCACCGGCGCCAACCUUGUGUGAAUGCUCUGAAAAGCUAAUCAUUUGCAUAUCAUAGCAUCUUCUUCCUGUCGGUUAAAUUUCGCGUCUGUAGCACGUCAUCUUCAUGGUAUAGCAAUUUUAUUGGCCAGUUGUGUAGUUAUAUUAAAUAGGUUCAGAGGAGAGUCCUGAUUUUGACUUCGGAUCCGUAACGAGCGACCCGAGUGCUGCAUUUCGGCCCAGUUCGUGGCGCUUUGGUCUCUUGGCCGGCUUUGCGGCACCUGACGGCACUGUGCGCCGUGCUGCUACCGGUGCCCGGCUGGUACCUCGCUACGCGGCCACCGCCGCCCCCCACCACUCGCCGCCGGCGGAGACCGGUCGCGCAAAGUCCGCGGGCCGGGCUGAGCAGUGCGGGCCGGACGGCCGCCGCGGUCCCCACACACAGUCGCCGCGCCGCCGCCGCCAUGGAGCUGUCCGUCAUCAGCAGCGAGCCGCAGCCGCAGGAGGCGACGCAGGUGGUGCCGGCCCGCAAGAGGGAGCUCAAGAGGGACACCAGCCGGCUGCCCAACGAGGUCUUCACGCGCCUGCCCACCAAGCCGCCCGUCGACAUACGCUUCGACAACGUCGGCUACACCGCGUCGCUCGGCUUUCGCAAAGGCAAGAAAAAGAUCCUACACGAAGUAUGUGGCCGCUUCGUUCCAAAGCAGCUGAUUGCCAUCAUGGGGCCAUCCGGUGCUGGCAAAUCCACGCUCCUCGACAUCCUCUCUGGCUACAGGCUGACUGGCGUGACGGGCUCGGUGCUGGUGAACGGCGUGGAGCGGCAGCUGGACGAAUUCCGCAGGCUAUCCUGCUACAUCACGCAGGAUGACCGGCUGCAGGAGCUGCUCACCGUGCACGAGAACAUGCUCGUCGCCGCGGACCUCAAGCUGGGCGAGGACACCGACCUCAGCGAGAAGGCGCAGAUCGUGGAGGAGACGCUGCGCACCCUGGGCCUAUGGGAGGCUCGCAAGACGCUGGCGGGGCGGCUGUCGGGCGGCCAGAAGAAGCGGAUGUCCAUCGCGCUGGAGCUCAUCUGCAACCCGCUCGUCAUGUUCCUCGAUGAGCCAACCACCGGCCUCGACAGCUCCACGUGCGCCCAGGUGGUGUACCUCUUGAAGCUGCUGGCGCGGCAGGGCCGCACAAUCGUGUGCACGAUCCACCAGCCGAGCGCGUCGCUCUUCCAGCUGUUCGACCACGUGUACGUGCUGGCGCGCGGCGAGUGCCUCUACCAGGGUUCCGCAGACAACCUGGUGCCCUACCUCUCGGCCGUGCAGCUGCCCUGCCCCAUGUACCACAACCCCGCCGACUAUGUGAUCGAACUGGCGUGCGGUGACUACGGAGAGGACAAGAUCGACAGGUUGGUGGAAGGUACCGAGAACGGCCGCACUCUGCAGUGGUUCGCGGAACCUGAGGCCUUGGCCUACCAGAAACCACCGCGCAGGUCGAGAUCGAAAUCUCUCGGCUUCCAGAAGGUCUCCCGAAAUCUCCAGGAGACUUCGCAGUUGAAUCAACUGAAGGUGCUGCUUCGACGAGGCUUUAUCAAAGUGAAACGAGAUCAAACGCUGACGCACAUGCGGCUGCUGGUUAACAUCCUGACCGGCAUCAUGCUGGGCGUGCUCUUCAUCGAGGCCGGCGACGACGGCGCGCGCGUCCUGGACAACUACAACCUGCUGUUCGGCAUCCUCAUGCACCACAUGAUGACCACCAUGAUGCUCACCAUCCUCACCUUUCCAAUGGAAAUGAAUAUUCUGAAGAAAGAACAUUUUAAUCGGUGGUACUCACUCAAGUCGUAUUACGUGUCCACAACCAUCGUCGACAUUCCUGUAGCAGUCCUGUGCUGUGCCAUCUUCUCGGUGCUGGUAUACCUCAUGAGCUCGCAGCCGCUUGUGUGGGAGCGAUUCGGAAUGUUCUUCGCCAUCAGCAUGCUCGUCGUCUUCGUCGCGCAAAGCUUUGGUCUCAUGAUCGGCGCCGUCUUCAGCGUCGUGAAUGGCACGUUCCUGGGACCGACGCUGUCGGUGCCGAUGAUGAUGUUCGCGGGCUUCGGCGUGACGUUGCGAGAUCUGCCCUCAUACUUGUACUGGGGCUCAUACAUCAGCUACCUGCGCUAUGGGCUCGAGGGCUACGUGACUGCCAUCUACGGCAUGGACCGGCCCAAGCUGGACUGCUCCGUUUUCUACUGCCACUACCGCAUCCCCAGUGUCUUCCUGGAUACCAUCGCCAUGGGCCACACGCCGUUCUGGGUCGACGUCGUCGCACUCUGCGGGAUCUUGCUGGCCCUCAGGGUCGCCGCGUACUUUCUGCUGCGCUGGAAGCUCUACGCCGUCCGGUGAAGAGAACUGCGCAUGCGCCUCACGCCGCCAACGACGCCGCGACACAUCCGAAAACCAACCUCAGCCGCCUACGAAGCAACGCUGUUAACGGUGUUCGGCACCAACAAAGAUGACACACGUUGCCUUAAAGCCAACAAUGAAUAACUACUGCUCAAGCGCUUUCGUGUUGCGACCCAUCUGAGUCAAAUUUCAACCCUUAAAUUUCUUUAGCUGCCAUACGUGAAACAAUACCAAAAAUGAAAUCUUGCGUUUCGGACAAUCUCACAUAAGAAAGCCUGUUUUCAAACAUGUGGCCUAAGACUGUUAUCACUUCGUCACCUCUUCAACAAUAAGAAUUCGAUCUCUACAAUACUAUUUUAAACCAUUUUAUUUUGGUCUUCUACUAUUUAUUACAUCCUUUUGUUCGCAGAAGAUGCUCUUAGGAACUGAGGACUUCUAUAAACGAAAACGCAAAAAUACUAUAAUUUUUUUACUGAGAUCAGUGAUGCAUAGUCAAUUAACUUUCUCUCAUAAUCCAUAAAAUUAACUUUCUCUUGUAAUUUGUAAGUGUAUGCUAGCGGAAGAAUGUACAACUCGAUAUAUUUUGUAUAUGUCGAACAGCUACAUUACUACCUACUCCGGUCAGAUUUUAAAUGUACCUGAGAAUUUAUCUGUAUAUUUGUGAUGGAGCAUCCAUCAGAAUAGACUGAUAGAAAUGUUUAAAUCAGAAUACUUCUCUGUUAAAUAGCGCCAGUGAGUUCUAAAGACAAUAAAACGACGAGGUGUGUGAGUACGUCCCUUUUCCGCUCCUGAAAGUAGUAAGAAACACCAAAGCAAUGCGUUUCGAGUUUAAAACUGACUAAUGAGCUUAUCUAGUUCGACACAAUUGUCAAAAUAAAAUGAUGUUACACAUUUACACACUCAAAACAAUGCAACUAUAUUUAAGAGCAUUACAAAAAACUCACUGUGUUUUGACAUUGCCGUUAGAAAAGCAAGAACACGAGAAAUUCUUGCAUCUACGAUUUUCAGUUGUGUUCUAGGAAUUACAGGAAUACACUACAGCCACAAGCAAAUGUGACUCUAUGAUCGCAUAUUAAGGGUUUUAAUCGCAAACAGUUGGCGUGAUUUGUUAAAUGUGGAAACUUUACUGAAAAUAGGCAUAUGAGCAUUUACACAACGUCUCUUUAAUGUGUCUGAGUUCUGCACAAAGUUGAAUUUAAAAAGAGCCUGCCUAGACUACUUAAAGUUCAAUGAAUCAUGACAAAUAAUUUCGCUACUCAAUUUGUGUAGUAUGUCCUGUUAAGUUCUGUAUUUCCAGUUUUCUCAACAUUUAUAUGAAGAUAUUGUGAGACUGACUGCAGCACAAAUCAUUCCUGAUUUUUUAAAAUAAACAAGCUGUAAAAUAGUGAGCAAACGCUCUUAAACAAAGAAGCUAGUUUGCAGGACAUUAUGCCAUUAAAACUCUCAUAGCAUAGAAAAUCGGAUUUGAAUAAUUUCGAAAUUAUUUAGGAUUUUUUCAAUAAUAACAUAAGAUGGCUAGACGUCUUGUAAAGAAUCAGAUUGUAAAAUCUUGAAACUUUGUCGUUUGUAGUUUCCUCUUUACUUCGUUUUUGUUAAAAUGAACUGUGUGAUAAUAUUUUAAGGAAUUUUUUAUGUAUUUAACACCCUGUAAAUAGGAUCCGGGCAGUUCUUUUAUAUCAAAUAAUAACUUGAAAAAGUGCUCCGUAAAAUUAUUUUUGCGUAAAAUAGUACCAAACUAAUAAGUAAUUUCCUAUUGCACAUUUCCCGUUCCCAACACCUUACAAUGUUACCUUGUACUGUACAUGAUAGGUCUGGCGGUCUCGGAAUCUGAGGAGUUUCCUUCCUCCACUGCUGCCAUAAUAAUGAUCAUCAUUCCUAUAUGUGUUUUUUUAGACUGAUUCACUUUUGUUUAACUGAAACCUAUGCUGUUAUGAACAGUACAAAUAGUAAUGAAUAGUUAUUCUUGUCUGUAAUAAGUGUACCUAAAGACAUGACAUGAAUAUGAUAAGAACUUUCACUUCUGACUGACAUAAAGAUGACAUACAUAUUUUGGUGUUUCAAAUUCAAGACUAUGUAGCUGAAGUAAAAUUUUCUAUCACUAUGUGGCUGCAAGAAAUAUUUCUAAAAACAUGUUUUCAGAAGCAAUUCAACUCGUUCUUUACGUAUUGGUGAUCAGUAUGUUUUAACAUACCGAACAUAUCCCAUUUUUCAGAAGAAUUUCCUAAAUAUUUUCAGUAUUGCAUUACUAUGAUUAAGACUCUUAUAUUAUUCCAAACAUGGAACAGUAAUACAAAAAAAUCAUCCAAUCAUUGGUGCUAAUAUCAGUAGCUGAUAAUACUCAAUAAAAGGAAGAGGACGUCA